GCGGGGAGGAGGAGGGUCCCUGCAAGCCGAAGUUGUCAACAAAGUCUUUUGCGGUUAUCGCUCUGUGUUGCAAUCGUGCGCCCUCAUCGCUGCGUGGAUACAAAAGAAGCAACAAAUAAACCGCAGCUAGAAUCAUCACCACUCGCGCAACGGGACAUUAAGCCUUAGCCAGCUUCGCUAAACAAGGAAACUCAGUGACUGCUACAGAGAUGCUAACUGCGGUGAGGGUGCUAUGUCUGUUGUCCUUCAUAGAAAGUAUUCAAUUCACUCGAGUUUCAGGCGGAGUAAAUAUAUCAUUCACGAGUUAUCGCGCGGCUGAAGGGAGUCGGACAAACAUAUCGUGUCAGGUGACCGGACAGGCCUUUAUCAUGUGGACCACUCCUCUCGGACACUCUGUCCCGUAUGACCGGACGAACCGGCUUUAUGUCUUCAGCAAUGGAUUCCGUCAUGACGUCAUCAUUGAAAGCGUUAACCGGACAGACGCCGGCUUGUAUCGUUGCUAUGGGAACACGGAUUCAAAAGCAGUCCGAUUAGAAGUAGAAUACGCUCCUGAGCUUAUCCAAUCAGAAUCGACGACCCAAGUCACGUGGUCAAACUAUGCUGAUCGUGACCCAAUCGAACUAAAUUGCACAUUUGAUGGGUUUCCUGUGCCGACGGUGGAGCUCUACAAAGACAGCAAAGUAAUAACGAGUCACGUGACUAAGGGACGUGGCUCUUUGGUUUAUAAGGCCCGAGCGAAGAGUAUUGAGUACUACGGGUUCUACCAGUGCACCGCAAGGAAUACUCAGGGAGAGGUCACUCACGUCAUGGAGGUCUCCAAAUCAGGUCCAGCAGAACCCCCGCCCCAUAUACGCCUAUCCGUAGGGUGUGACUAUGUGCAAGUCAGCUGGAACCGCUGGACAACCAGUCGUGGUAGCGCAGUCUCAAUAAUCAGGAUAGAGCUCAUGCAAGGGAUGACCGUGAUUAAGGCUGAGAACCUAGGACCUAGUUUAACAUCACGGACGUACAAAGGACUCAAGCACCAAUCAGCUUACACCGUGAGAUUGACAGCUGCUAAUGAAAUAGGGGCGGGGCCAUGGAGUGUGCAUCAAUUUAACACAAAAGAAACUUGUGCCAGUUUGAUGUUAGCAUCUUCGUACCUACCCAUGGUUCUCGCGUUGAUAGUUGCCAUAGUAAUGCCGCAAUGAUUGACAAUAGUUACCAUAGUAACGUCUUUGUCCUUGUUAUUGACAAUAAUUACCAUAAUGUCAUCUUCUCUACCUUGUUGCAUUGAUAGUUACCAUAGUAAUGCUGGAGUGAUUGACAAUAGUUACCAUAGUUACUAUUGGAAAUGUGUACCAUAGUUAUGUUGCUGUGAUUGACAAGAGAUUAAGAUAAAAAAUAGUGACUGUCUGACUGUUAUAAAAUGACUGAAACUAUGACAGCAAGAAGAAGAGGUGCAAUGCAGAAACCCAGGGGAGACUCCAAUAAAAACAGACGGGGUU